GGGUUUUCCCUGACCCCUCCUUUCAUCCUUCUCAAGUAUUGUUAUGGUUAGUAACAAAAUGAAUCUCAAGCCUUUUAUUCUGCUGUGUUCUCUGUACGCGGUGGUUGUCAUCGCUGCGGUUGUGGCUGAUGAUCCACCUCGAGAAGAGGGAAAUGCUUCAGGAAUGAGUGGAAAUGACGAGAAAUUUACUGGAAGCGAUGACGAGCAGGGACUCUUUUUUAGCGGUAGGAAACUCGUGUCAAAUUAUGGUACCGAUCAUUGUAAAGGAAAUGGAGGAAAAGGAGGUGGCGGAUAUGGUGGUGGUGGAUCUGGCGGUGGCCAAGGAGGUAAUCCAGGAGGUGGUGGUUGUAGUGGUGGAUGCCCAGGAAGUGGUGGUAGUGCUGGAGGUGGUGGCGGUGGUGGCAGUGGAAGAGGGGGAGGAGUUGGGGGAGGUGGUGGAGGUGGAGGAGGUGGGGGAGGUGGGGGAGGUUGGGGAGGUGGGAGAGGUGGGAGAGGUUGGGGAGGUGGUGGAGGUUGGGGAGGUGGUGGAAGCCAAGGCGGCGGUGGCAGUGGAAGAGGAGGUUGUGGAAGCCAUGGAGGAGGAGGCAUGGGAGGUGGCGGUAGUGGAAACGGAUGUGGUAAAGGAGGAAAAGGUGGCGAAGAAGGAGGAGGAGGAUAUUGA